AUGUUUUCGUCGCCUCUCUCAACACGAAGUCUGACACGUCAUGAAACCAGCCGAACCGGCAGUACUCGAAAAUUAUUCAGAAAGAAUGGAGAAUUAUUCGGAAUUGUUCAUCCCAUACAUGUUACGAAACCUGCACGCGACGAUCGGUUCUUUCCGGAAUCUACCUACGAUUCGACGUAUAUCACACCAGUAACGGCCGAGCAGUUACACUCAUCACGAAGAGCUCGACCUCAUUCAGCAGCUGCUGCUCCUUGUGUUUCAUCUCGCUCCGUUCAAAAACCACUCGUGCCCUAUAACGUCAAUGCUCCACGGAAUGUUUUACCAGUACAUUUUCCCAAUGAAAAUGUCAAUCGAAGAUAUCAGCGAAAUGCAUCACAAUUUUCCUUAAAAGAUGGAUCCAAUUCGGAUAGGACUCGGUUCCGAACCACUAAUCAAGUUACCUAUGUCAAUAAUCAAGGAUUUCCUGUUGGAUUUGAUAAUAAGGGAAUUUUGUCAGAAAAGACGAAGUGGUUCCAUCGUCGACAAAAUGAUUAG